AUGGGCAAGUCAGAGCUCGGCGGCUUCGCUGCCACUGAUCAUUCGCCUUCAUUGGAACAGACCAUCCCAGACAACGCACCCGUCUUGCCGCAGAAGUAUGCCGACGAAAGCUACAAACUGUUCAGCAAGGUCCAGGUGAACGAUCCCACCCCAGAAGAGGCGCGCAUCAUCCGCAAUAAAUGCUUGUGGAGGAUUCUGCCCUUCCUGUGCAUCGGCUACCAUUUGAUGUAUGUCGAUAAGCAGACUCUUGGCAGUUCAGCGAUCCUGGGCAUAUUGCAGGAUGCUCAUCUCAAUGCCAAUCAGUACAACUGGUUGAGUUCGAUCUUUUACUUUGGCUAUGGUCAGUCCCAAUUUCUCGAAUGGCUGCCUGCCACGCCAGCUCAGGUGGCCUCCAUUGUUGUGACUGUCACUAUCGAAGCAUGA